AUGAUAUACGGUCUCACUGAUGCAUACGAUGGGUUUGUCACUUAUAUACAACAACACGACCCUCUCCCCACCUUCUCCACAGCACGAUCACGACUGGAACUCGAGGAAUCAACCAUGUUGCAGCGUGCCGCUCGUGAAUCACACGCAUCCUCUGUUUCGGCCGCUCUCAUGGCCAAAGCUCCGGCCAUCGAACCUGCACCCAAACCGUCAUCCUAUGCUUCAAACUCCCAACUAUCUCCAUCGACAUAUCACAAUCAUAUAGGAAAGAAACUGAAUCGUGGCGGUCGAAAUUCCGGAAGAGGAAAUCACGGGCAACAACAACAACAACAACAACAGUGGCAACCAUGGAAUUACCCACCUUGGCAACAAUGGGGUCCUUGGAAUUACCUAUCUUGCCCUUACCCAACCUCAAAUUGGAAUAGACCAAAUAAUGGUCCUAAGCCCCAACAAAGUGGAAUUCUUGGGCCUAAACCUCAGCAGGUUGCUUUCAAUGUUAAUACUACCAGCCCCACUGACAUUGAAAGUGCUUUCAGCACCCUCAAUCUUGCUCAGCCAGACCCCUUUUGGUACAUGGACACCGGAUCCACCUCUCACAUGACAUCCUCGCAAGGUAAUCUCUCAUCUUAUUUUAAAUUGAGAAAAAAUAAUAAAAUCAUUAUCGAAAAUGGUCAUUAUGUUCCAAUUUAUGUUCUCGGUAGUACACAUCUAGAUAACCCCCACCCACCUCUUGUCCUAAACAAUGUGAUUCACGCUCCAAAUCUAAUUAAAAUUUAG